UCCAAGGCGGUCCAAGAGGGUCCAACGUCUAUCCCAGACUGCUUCAGAGCUCCCCCCAGCGGCCCGCGAUCCUUCCCCUCCAGAGCUGCUGCCCAGAGGCCAGGGGCGCCCACGGCGGGCAACGCGGCUCCUCCGUAGCCAGCUUGGCACACACAUCGAACUGUUGUGUUGACUUGCGCACGCGCGCAACCGUCUGGUCCUCUCGAGCUCACGUUACUUCCUCUCGUCCAGUUUGCUCGGAUGGCGGCGUCUGGGAUGGUCUGGUCUCUCGUGCUUCUCGGGCUGCCAGGCGCGUCCUGCAUGCAGCUGGCGACGAGCAGCUGGCGCGAGCAUCUGGCCGCCAACACGACGUCCGCGCAGUCGAAGCGGGCGGAGUGCAGCGCGUGGCAGGUGGGUCAAGGCUGCUGCACGCCACUGGGAGACACCGCAUCUUCGUGGUCGUUCGCUUCGCAUGGCGCGCAUGGCACUUGGUCAAGCACCCCAGCGUUCAUCCGCUUCGACUUCCAGGACGAUACGAUCUGCGGUGGCGUGGCGACUGCCAGGCAACACGGGGACGCAGUUCUCACUUUGAACGACGCUUCGCCCAUCGACCUGACCCUUUCGAUGACGGGCGUGGCGGAGGCCCAGUACGAGAGAUUCCAGCUGUACGUGGACGACGUCUUGCGCGUCACGGUGCAAGCUACAAACGGCCACGGAGGCAGCGCAUGCUAUGUCAGCACUUGCAUCAUGUGCGAUGUCAACAUGCCUUCGCAGACGUUCUCGCUUUCAGCCGGGCCGCACACAAUCAGAGUCGUGGUUGAUUCUCUCGACGGUCUGUACCACAAUGACGCCUUCUUCCAGAUCUCAUUCGGCAAAAGCAGCCCGACGUGUGGCGGGUGCACUUGCUCGGCGUCGACGCCCAGCCCGACGCCCUUCCCGACUCCGUAUCCGACGCCUUACCCGACGCCCUACCCGACGCCCCACCCGACGCCCUAUCCGACGCCCUACCCGACGCCCUACCCGACGGCGUACCCGACGCCCUACCCCACGCCCUACCCGACACCUUAUCCGACGUCCUUUCCGACGCCCUACCCGACGCCCUUCCCGACGCCCUUCCCAACGGCCUUCCCAACGGCCUUCCCGACGCCCUUCCCGACGCCCUUCCCGACGGCAUUCCCCACGCCCAGCCCGACGCCCAGCCCGACGUAUCCUCCUGGCUGGCCGACGCCGCAUCCGACGUUUCCUUCCGGAGCUCCCAUGGCGGGUGGAGCCGGCGGUGCGGCUGCCACUGGCGAUCCCCACUUGCAAAACGUUCUUGGUCAGCGGUUCGAUUUGAUGAAGCCGGGCAAGCAUGUUUUGGUGAACAUCCCUCGCGGAAGACAGACGCGCGCAUUGCUUCGCGUUGAGGCCGAUGCGCGCCAGUUGGGUGGACAAUGUGCAGAUAUGUACUUCCAAGAAUUGAAUGUUACAGGGGCCUGGGCAGAGGUAAAACAGGCUGGAGGUUAUCACUACGUCGCAUCGCAGCGUGCCGUCGGGACUCCAGAGUGGGUUGCUUUUGGUAAGCUUGAGAUGAAAGUCGUCCAUGGAAGCACGCAAAGUGGUCUCCCAUACUUGAACUUCUACGCCAAGCAUUUAGGGCGAACAGGGUUUGCAGUCGGAGGCCUCCUGGGAGAAGACGAUCACGCCGACGCAACCAUUCCUAUGGCAGAGUGUAAAGGGCACGUAUCCCUUUGAGGGUUCAAGUCGGCAGCAGCUUCGCUGUAGCACUGUAGCCAGCUUCGAAGGGCAGCGGUGCACUUCUGCUCCUAUGCAAGAAAAAACUGGCAAACUGACUCCAGGACCCCCCAGC